AUGAAUAAUGUCAUCAUAUGUUUCCUUUUGCUCAUUAAUUAUGGUAAAAGUGUUCUAGGUGCAGAAGCUCAGGGGAAAAAUCCUAACAAUGAUAAUAACCCAUACGAGGAAAGCGAAAUUGAUGAGAAAUGGAGGUUACACGAAUUGGAAACGAACCCAUUUAUAGAUCUGAAGCAUCCGAAUUUCAAUGGCGACUUUAUCAGGUGCAUCGACGAGUACUAUGUUUACGAGACGAAGGAAUACAAUGCAUAUAAAAAGGAAAGAUAUAAGAACAUAAAAAAUUACAAAACGUUCAAAAAGAAGCAAUUCAACUGUGCCAUUAAUUUACUUGUCCAUGGGAGACCAAAUUCAAGAAACUCAAAUGAUUACAAAAUAUGGAGUGCAGCAGCCAAUAUAAACAAACACCAAGCCAUGUUACAGAAAAAGUACAGCAAGUAUAUUAUUUACACCCCAUUUGUGAGUCUUUCAAAUGUAACAAGCCCAGAGGGGUUGUACACACACCUUAACUAUGCUUACCUCUUAUCAAAUAGAAUGGCUAUAACGUUUAAAAAUAUGUUAGAAGAUGACACUUGUUAUAAUUACGAUAUUUUUAUUCAUUCACAUUGUUACGGAGCCAAUAUAGUUCGAUUAAUGUUUACUUUAGAUAAUGAAAUCUGGAAAACGUUGGAUAAAUCUUUGUUAAAUGUUACGUACGAGAGGGAAGUGUUAGCCAUUCUUGAAGACAAUUUUAAACUCACCCUAAAGGAUAUUAAUAUAAUUACUGACAAAAAUGCCAUACAGAUUAGGAAGGAUCCAUAUUUUAAAAUUCACAAGUACUAUUUGUAUAAGACCUUUCAAUCCAAAUUCAAUAAAAAUAAAAUAAUCGAGGAUUUUGAUGAUGUAUUUGAUGACCAUUCUCUCAAAUAUAAUUUUCAUCCACAGGGGGAAAGCAAUGCUAUCCAUGGUGGUGGGGGCAAAGGCUCCAUGGAAAAUUUAGUGGCUCAAUCGGGAACCAGUGGUGCACGAAAUGCAGGCGCAGAAGAAUCGGAAUCAGAACAAGGUGAACGGGAAGAACCGGAAGAGUCAGAAGAAUCGGAAGAUUCGGAAGAUUCGGACAGUGAUGACGAAUUCAUUUUUUUUAUAAAACCAAAAAAAGUGCGUAAAAAAGGCUCACAUGCACCGAACAGAAGUCUGAAGAGAUUACACACCUAUUUGUUGAAUAAAAAAUUUACCCUCUUAAGUAUAGUCUCUACGGCACCCCCCCUUAUCGGUAUUGUAUCGAACAUGGAAGAUAUACGAGUCGGUCAUCAGAAAUUAAUGAAGUACAAAUUUAUGUUCCAAAAUGUGCCUUCCUUUUUGAGGGCCAAAAUGUUAAAAACGAGGGAUGCACAAGAGUUAUUACAUGUGGUGAAUCCAGGUUUAUUAUGUCUAUUAGCAUUACAUGAGAAGCUUAAUUACAAUUAUGAAAAUAAUACAGGUUCUUUAAUCUCUUAUUUUAAAAAUGUGAAUUAUUACGCUGAUUUGGACAAUGAUGAAAUCAUGAGUUUACACACCAGCUUAGGGUUACAUUCCACACUGCACAUGAGGAAUUUAAGCUACUACCUUUUGAAUAUCAGAAAUGAGUAUCACCACCGUACCUAUAGCCUACCCGCCCAUUUAUCUGACAUUAACGUUUCAAACAAUUAUGCGUUCUUUGAGUAUAUAAAGGAGAAUGAUGUAUGUUCACAAAUUAAGCACAGCGAGUUGGAAAGGUUCGUAUCUUAUUUAAGUGAAAUUAUAAAUUUUAAUCAGGAACCACAGCCAUAUAUUCCUCAUAGGCAAGUUUACAAGAAUCCUUUCAUGUCCCACUACGUCAUACCAUACAUGCAAGAGAAUAACAUAUACACCCCUCACUCUAUAUUGGGUACGGGUAGAACAGCGCUAUUACUGUUUUCAUAUGACAUAUACAAACAUAUAGCUAUGAAUGGAUUUAGCGAAAGAAACGUGAUAAAAAAUGACAUAGACUUUUUAUACGACGCGGAUCCCUUUGUAUACUACAACUGGAUGACCUACAUAGGAAAUCAGAAUGAACUUGAUGAGGACAAUUUUGUAAAGAACUUUCACAUAUACUCAGAUAAUAUAAAUAUGAACAUGGUACAGAAUUUGUUUAAUCUAUUUGUUUCAACGCAUUAUGUGAAAUUUUUUAUAUUUAGUAAAAAUAACACGGCAGAUGUGUACCGUAGUUUGCACAGAACUCUCAAGAACUUCUCCUUACCUAUUAAUAAGGUGGUUUUGAGAAGACAGAGAGAGAAGAAAAUUAAUUUUCCUUUGUUAAAUAAUGCCCAGUUUGAUCAUGAAGAGAAUGUCGUAUAUGACUAUAUGUGCAGGUACACCAAUUUUCUAAAAACAUUUUCCUACCUCAAUUCCUUCCAAUACAUUACAAACGAAGAGUUCAUUCUUAAUCAUAAGAAUUUUAAAAAGUACCAGAGUGAACGCAUGGCGGAGUUAAAAAAUGAAAUAAAAAAGGCACACAAUUUUAUUCAACAAAAUAGCACCUUUAGCGAUAUGAAAAAUAAGCUCACUGACAUGUACAACAUUGAAAAUACAGCUAAUAGUAGCGAACGGGAGCUUGAAGUGAACGAAGAAGUAGGAAACCUGAACACUUUCGAAUCCGCUAAUUACCCACUUGAGGAAAGUAAAAAGAAUAGCGCUAGUAAUGACAGCCUUCAAGAUAUAGACAAAAGCUAUGUUACAUAUCAUGGUAUCUAUGUAAACAUUAGGCGUACCAUGACACUUAAAGAAGCCUUUAAAUCCAUUUCAAUGCACAACGACAUCUACGAUGCUAUGCAAUAUGUGGAGUUUGUAAUUAAAGGUUCAGCAUAUAAUGAUGUGGAAGACCAUUUGAACAACAUGGAAGAUGUGAAUUCAUGCCUAUUUAACAAAAACGAAAAUAUCCCACUUAACUUUAUUUCAAAAUUUUGCAACUACGAUCAGCAGGCCUACUUCCAUAUAAAGAAAUUAUAUACGUCUAGAAAUUUAUUCGUGUUGAAAUCUUUAAAACAAUGUAACUACCCAAAAUAUAGAAACCUCAAGUUAUGUGAAAAUAGGAACCUUCUCAAAACGUUUUUCCAAAGCGAUUUAAGUGUUACUCUCUCCAAAUUACAUGAACGGGAGAAAAAAAGAAUGGCUACCAUGAGGGAUGGAAUUGAAAGAGGAAUGAACGAAGCCGAUAUACUAUCUAUUAGCAAUGAUUCCCUCGCUGCUAUUUUCCACAAUAAGAAUGAAGACAUUAGCACCUUUAAAAUGAAUGCUUGUUUUAUCAUUCCAGAGAAACCCCUUAUUCAAAAUUUAUUUUCCAAUGACGAGAAUAUGCAGUCUACAAAAGAGGACACAGAAAUGGGAACUGUGAAAAAGGUGGGUCACGGACACAUUACUGCGGAUACUAGUGAUGUUAUCACCAUGACUGAAAGCUCCACCAAUUGGGACAGCAGCCUCAGUAAUAUGGAAGAAGUUGAUUCUAGCAGGACGAGUCUCCAUAGCCUUGAAAGUCUAGGCGGCUACGAAGAUGUCGGAAGUGACGUGAUAGAAGCAGCGUACGAACUGGAGCGCGAGUUUGGCCCCGUGGCCAAGAUGGCAAUGAGCGUUGUAAGUGCAAACGAAAAGGAACAAGAAAAGGAGAAGGAGAAGGAGAAAGAGACAGAGACAGAAGAGGAAGAAGAAGAGGAAGAAAUGGAAAGGCAAAAGCAAAAGGAAAAGGAAAGGGAGAAGAAGGAAAAGGAGAAGAACUAUAACAUUUAUGCCCAGAGCAGUGCCAGCCGCAGUGGCAGGGACAGUGGAAGCGGCGAGAAGGUCUUCUGCACAGAAGUGACACUGCCAGUUCUGCUCCGAAAGGAUAUUCUCAAAAGCGCCAACGACAUAUAUAUGCGGGCCAUUCGAAGCGUCAUGCAAGACCCGCACUUUAGAAGUGCCUUCAACUUAAGGAACGGGGACGAACCCUACGAGUCCUUCAUUUACUUCUUUGACAAAUUCGCCUAUGUCUACAAUCAAAAAAAUAAGUAUGCGCACACAGGUGACAUCAACACCUUUAAUACUCCCCAAAACAUUAAGUGGAACUACUUCUACUAUUUGUUAAAGUAUGGUUCCCAAACGAAUUACAACAGUGAAAGCUUUUUGAAAAACUUCUUUUAUGGGAAAAAAUCAAAUCUGGUGAAACCACAGAAGGAUAACAUUUUGAAGGACUUCCUAGCCCACUUCACUGUCUUCUUUUACCUCUUCAAAUUGGAUUAG